AUGGGGCAGUAUCCUUUGACACCACUGCGAUUUGUGACGCACAUCUUUGGACACGGUGAUUGGAAGCAUUUCGUAGGCAAUACCACGUCGUUAUUGCUGGUGCUGCCUCUAUUGGAAGAGAAAUACAAAGCUCGCUGGUUGGUGAUCAUCACCCUUCUCAAUGCAGUGGUCGGAGCUCUGGCGAACAUUUGCUUGAAGCCAAGAACUGUGGUGCUGGGCGCUAGUGGAGUGGUCUUCCAAUGCAUGUUGCUGGCGGUCUUUUCAGGACGCUAUCACUCACCGGGUGAUAUUCCGAUGACCUUCAUCUUGGGUGUAAUUAUUUUCCUGGUUCCAGAGAUCCAAGCCUGGGGCACUGACGAUGGCAUCAGCCACACGGCUCACAUGGUGGGUGGCCUGGUGGGCGCCCUGGCAGCCUUCGGUGCCCAAGGUCAUGCUCGUUUUGCAGAGGAGGUUCAUCGAGGUCAAGUAGGGAUGACCGAUCGCUUCGUGGCACAGCCGCCCGGUACGGUGCAAAUGACGUGGCGCUACUUGACCGGCUCCAGUGGCAAGGAAUAUCCAACAUCCUGGGAAGCCGGUUCGGAGCUCACGUUUGAGGAGGAGGUCAAAUCGGCUCCAAGACCCUGCAAAGCCACCCUGCCGGAUGGGCGAACUGCUUGGGUCUACUGGUGCGAUGUCGCGAAGCCCGGAAGCGUCAGUGGUGAAUGGGCAGCAGCAACAGUGAAGAUCCACGGGGUCGGUGGUGAAUUCCUGGGCGACUUUGAACUUACCAACUUCGCAGAGGACUUGGUGACUAAGGUCUCCAAGACGCUCGACCAACAAGAUGUGACCUACUCUCUGGUCUGUGAUGGCAUAAAGUUGUCCUUCGCUAAAGAAUUGAAGGAACAAGGCGUGAAACCCGGCGCCUCGUUAACUUUGGUGAAGGAGCCGGUCGCUGCCAAGGCAGGUAGCUAUGAGUAUGGCCACAAAUCCUACCCCGAGGACCGCUACAGCGAGUGGUUUGAGUUGGAAUUGCUGCCAGACAUGACCUGCAACUUCUACCACGUGACAGCAGGUCCGGGGCGAUGUGGCACUGAGUCAACGACCAGCAAGGAGAAACAGAAGCAAGGCCACUGGUCCGCCGCGGCGGGACCCAAGGUGGUCAUCUCGUGGGACGGCGAGGGCAGCAAGGUCUUUGAUUUGGACACCAGGAAAUUCGUGCCCAGAUGA